AGUGUGCUGAGUGAUAUGGCGGACUUGUCAUUGUGUUUAACAAACGUUAACGUUUCUUUGGGACGAACUAUGGAAGCUGAUAAGAGGCCAGCAGGGGCGGAAGACUUGGAGAGAGUGGAGAUGGGCAACUCUGGGGACAGGCAGGGAAGAGUUAAGCUUCCCCGCAGAACCAUCCACUUUGCUAGUGGUGAGACAAUGGAGGAGUACAGUACUGAUGAAGAGGAGGAAGAAGAGCCAGUGGAGAAAAAAGUUGUUACCGUGGAUGCAUCAAAUUUGACCUGGGGACCAUACUUGUGGUUCCACUUGUGGAGAAUGGCCACCUCAACAAUCUCAGUGUGUGACUAUAUGGGAGAGAAACUUGCCUCUCUUUUUGGUAUUACCGCUCCUAAAUACCAGUACGCUAUUGACGAGUACUACCGUCUGAAAAAAGAGCAAGAAGAAGAGGAGGAGGAGAACCGUCUGGCUGAUGAGGCAGAGCGUCAAUUUACCGAGCAGCAGAGGAGCGACAAGAAGGAUUCUGGGCUACCUACCAGAGAGCAGCCUGAAAGAUUAGGCGCAUCGUUUUUAAAUGCUUCGUUUGACCACAAGCCUGAAGCACCUCUCCACACUCCUGACAACAGACCACCUUGUCCUCUCCCCUUCUGACAACACGUUCUUAUUUGCAACUAGGAUGAAUGCUAAUCUACUUACUUGUAAUCAUUAUUACUAAUAGUUAUUUUUUUUAUGUUGGGAUUUUGUUCCAACAGGAUUCUGUAAUUGGUGAAGGAAAAAAGAUUGUUUCUGCAUUGGCAUUAACGUGAUUUGUAGACACUAGAGUGUGAUUUUUAUAAUACAUUUAUCAACUGGAAAUUUGUUGAGAAAGAGAACUGUAACAUGAAUGCGAGAUGGGACUCCAUUUCACAAAUAUCAGUGCCUAUAUACUUCCUAUGCAAUGUGACUAAAUUAUGUCAUUCAUUCAUCCACAGGAAUUCAUUUUUCUAAUCAGGUUUUCAUUUCAAAAUGAAGCUGCUUCUCCUACUGUUGCACUGUUAAUUGUUUUGCCUGAAGUGGCUGAUAAGGAAUUCCAUUAUGAAUAUUAAUAAGCUAGGAAGUACACUGGUAGAGUUGAGUACAACCUAAAAAAAAUGCUCUCCAAGUACAGCUAUAAUGACCACCAUUAAAAUACAGUAGCAUAGUAAACCCCAGUGUUCAUUGAAAAAGGUGGAAAUGAAUGUUUAAAAAAAGUGAUUCAAUCCAAAUGUUAUGCACAUAAAAUCUAAAUAAAAACUACCCAAAGAAAAUUCUAAAUGACUGAAUGCAAUUGUAUUGCCCCCCAACCACUGUACUUAUUAUGCUGGAAUGAAAAUGGCAAAGCCACUGUACUACAUAAUCUAAGAAGAGAACAUUUGAUUCAGUGAGUGAUUGGGAUUGAAUAGAGGGAGCCACUAGUGGCUCUUGUACCCCAUGUCAAGAACAACUGCACUACAGUAAAAGAGGUACCCGUUUCAUGCUACUGUGGGCAUGGAAAGUAUUCAGACCCCCUUAAAUUUUUGAUUUUGUUAUAUUGCAGCCAUUUGCUAAAAUCAUUCACCUAAGAUUCAUUUUUUGCUCAUUGGUGUACACACAGCCACGCAUAUUAACAGAAAAAGGUGAUUAUUCAAGACUAUUCAGGCUCUUUGCUAUGACAUAUAUUGAACUCAGGUGCUGUCCAUUUUCUCUGCUCAUCCUUGAGCUGUUCAAAACCUUCAUUGGAGUCCAUCUGUGUUUGAUUAUACUGAUUGAAUCUAAUUAUGAAUGCUGCACGCCAUGUUUUCUCCAUGCGAGGAUGAUUGCCCACCCAAUGGAUUGUUGGAAUUGUAAAGCUUUAGAAAAGUUUUGUGUAACUUUCCAAACUGACAACACAUCACUUUAUUUUUUACUGUUCUGGAAUUUCUUUGGAUUAUGUCAUUUUGUUGCAGUUUUUUUCUGAAAAUCGUGGUUAGUCAGUUUAUUCAUGAGUUAACUAGUGUAGUAAUUACUUUUUCACACAGGUCUGAAGUUUCACUUGGGUUAUAUCUGUCUGAAAUGUACGUUUGAUUAUCUUAACCAUUAAAUCGAGGAAACUA